GCCCACGGAACCACACUCGGCCAGGACUAGUCGCGCUCCCCACUCGCGUCACAUGCUCUUACAAUCAGGACAAGGAUGCAUGCGAUGCCUAAAUGGAUUCUUCUCCUCCCGUGCCCAGCCUUAUCUUACAUAUUUGAUGAAGAAAGCACUCAAAUUCCCAUUCAUACGGCACCUACCUGCCUCUGUGUCCUUCCUGCUAUGUGACCACUCUGCUCUGGAAAGAACUCGCGACAGCCCAGCCCACGAAUGAGCUCUCGGUGGCGUUCAACUGCAGUUAGAGGCUUUCUUGCGCUUUGGAGGAAACAUGUUCUGACAUGCUGGAGUUUGGUGAUGUUAAUAACCUGUAAACGAGCUGAAUCUGGAGGUCUGAGUGAAAUAGCACUUUUGGAACUGUACUUUUUGUCAUAACACGCUGAGGAAAGUGCAGAAGCUCUGUAUAUGCACGUAUGAGAGGGAUUCAUGCCACGCAUAUGACAAUUUGCAUACUAGACUCUGGUGACAAAGAGGGACCGCAGGUGAAUCCCCAGCGAUCUGCUUUGUGGAGAGGAUUUUUUCCAGCCCCUAAUCACAGAGAAGUAUCCAGCUCUCCAUCUGCUUCCCAGAGCUGGCGGUUCUGAUUUGUUUCAAGUGAAAAUAACCAAGAAUAGAAAAUGGCACGUAAUAAAGAGUCCCAAGCCAAGCAGCCGCGUUGUCCUGUUCUUCUCUUUAAACCAGCACUCCCCCCCGUGCUGAGGGCUCGGUGCCCGAACGACAGAAAGGGCUGCAAAGGGUUAAGACGCUGAUUGCUUGGUAGGCAAAGUUUGAGGAAGAAUAUGUUUGAGUCUGAGUACGCUGCAGCCCGGCGUUUGAAAUCUGUCACCCUCACUUACGAGCACUGCAUCUGUGGUUGUCACCCGUGAAUAAUGAUCGCACGGCGAUAAGAUCGCUCUGCGGCGGUGCACCGGGGCCGUCGGGGGAAGAAAAGGAAAUUACGAGGCGUUUAGCCUCUUCAGCGGGGUGUUCUUCAGUGUCAUCGGUGGGUGUCAGGGUCAAAUGACCGGCUGGAAAGCAGCUUGGGAAGAAAGUUUCCUUCCUCCUUUCUUUGAGAGAAACCUUCGGUGGUGGUGAUCAGUGACAGCUAUGGAAAACAGAGACCUCCGUGGUGAACCUUAGAAACAGUACCAUGCCGGAGCCCAGCUGUUCUGUCACUUUCUCCCCUUUCAACCUGCCGGACCCAGUGGGCUUUGGGUGACCUACCAAGGAGGACCCAUCUCCACAGGAGCAGGCAGGCCAGAUCUGGCAGAUAGCUGAUAUGAGGACUUUUCUGAGUUCAGAAAGCUGAGUGUGACACCAACAGACUUCAGUGAAAGAAAAUAUCCCUGCAAGCACAGAGACUUUUGAUAUCUAAAUUCAUCAGCAAAGUCAUGGCUACUGUUUCUUGCAGCACACAUGGAAGAAGGCAACAAACUUUGUAACCCUGGCUAACAAGACUGUGUUUUUCUUAUCAAAAGUAGGAGGUAGGCCAAUUAUAAAAAGAUUAUUUUAUACUUAGCCUCCAGGACUUGAACUCUGGCCUGAACACUGGACAUUAAUAGAAGCCAAUUUUAAUGACCUGAUAUUUUGCUACCUGUGCUUUAUUAUUGUUAUCAGUUCUUAAACACUUUGGUACUUUAUUUCUUUAGAUUAGAAAUGGGUUCGUGGACUAAAAUGUGGCCCACAGAUUGGACUCUUCUCAUGAAAUCAUGGCUUAUCUUUUCCCUGGGGCUCUGCAUGCAGGUCUCCAAAACUUUGACCUGCCCAAAAGUGUGCCGCUGUGAUCGAAACUUUGUCUACUGUAAUGAGCGAAGCUUGACCUCAGUGCCUCUUGGGAUACCAGAGGGUGUAACCGUCCUCUACCUCCAUAAUAACCAAAUUAAUAAUGCUGGAUUUCCUGCAGAGUUGCACAAUGUCCAGUCUGUGCACACAGUCUACCUGUAUGGCAACCAAUUGGAUGAAUUCCCCAUGAACCUGCCGAAGAAUGUCAGGGUUCUCCACCUGCAGGAAAACAACAUUCAGACCAUUUCUCGUGCUGCUCUUGCUCAGCUUUUGAAGCUGGAAGAACUGCACCUAGAUGACAACUCCAUCUCCACUGUUGGCGUUGAGGAUGGGGCAUUCCAGGAAGCCAUCAGCCUCAAGCUUCUGUUCUUGUCCAAGAAUCAUUUAAGCAGUGUACCAGUAGGCCUUCCGCUGGACUUACAAGAACUUCGAGUAGACGAAAACCGAAUUGCUGUCAUUUCAGACUUGGCCUUCCAAAAUCUUACAAGUCUGGAGCGUCUGAUCGUAGAUGGCAAUCUCCUUACUAAUAAAGGCAUAGCUGAAGGCACCUUUAGCCACCUCUCCAAGCUCAAGGAAUUCUCAAUAGUUCGGAAUUCACUGACCUACCCUCCUCCCGAUCUUCCAGGGACACAUCUGCUGAGGCUUUACUUGCAGGACAACCAGAUAACCCAUAUACCACUUACAGCCUUUUCAAACCUCCACAAACUGGAACGUCUUGAUAUUUCCAACAAUCAGCUUCGGAUGUUGACAAAGGGAGUAUUUGAUAAUCUCCACAGCCUGAGACAACUUACUGUAAGGAAUAAUCCCUGGUUAUGUGACUGCAGUAUUAAGUGGGUCACUGAAUGGCUCAAAUUUAUUCCUUCUUCCAUCAAUGUACGGGGUUUUAUGUGCCAGGGACCAGAGCAGGUCCGAGGUAUGGCAGUCAGGGAGCUCAAUAUGAAUAUGUUGUCAUGCCCCACCACCACCCCUGGUCUGCCACUUAUCAUCACCCCAGUCCCAGCUACAACCAUGCCAACUACAUUAAUUCCCACCUCAUCGUUUCCCCCCCCAAGUAGCAAAUAUAAUCCUCUCACUCCCAUCAUAGCCACACUCCCCACUGUGCCUGACAGGGAGGACAGAGAAAGGGUGACACCUCCUUUAUCCGAAGGGAUUCAACUCUUCAUCCAUUUUGUUAAUGACACUUGCAUCCAAGUCAACUGGAUGUCACUUUUUACCGUAAUGGCAUAUAAACUCACAUGGGUUAAAAUGGGCCAUAGUCUGGUAGGAGGAAUUGUUCAUGAACGAAUAGUUAGUGGUGAGAAGCAGCAAUCAAGCUUGGUAAAUCUGGAGCCCAAAUCCACUUAUCGGAUUUGUUUGGUUCCACUGGAUACUUAUAACAGUUACCGAACUGGAGAAGACACUGUCUGUUCAGAAGCCACAACCAAGGCUUCCUUUUUGAGCAAUGGCAGCAACAUCCCUUCCAGUCACGAGCAGACAACUUCUCAGAACCUAGGCUCCCCAUUUCUGCUGGCAGGGUUGAUUGGGGGUGCAGUGAUAUUUGUCCUUGUGGUCCUGCUCAGCAUUUUUUGCUGGCAUAUGCACAAAAAAGGUCGUUACACCUCCCAGAAGUGGAAAUAUAACCGAGGCCGUCGGAAAGAUGAUUACUGUGAGGCAGGGACCAAGAAGGACAACUCCAUCCUGGAGAUGACGGAAACCAGCUUCCAGAUUGUCUCCUUAAAUAAUGAUCAGCUCCUUAAAGGAGAUUUCAGACUGCAGCCCAUUUAUACCCCAAAUGGGGGCAUUAACUACACAGACUGCCACAUCCCCAACAACAUGCGAUACUGCAACAGCAACGUCUCAGACCUGGAGCACUGUCAUACGUGAUGGUGAGGGAAGAUGGGGGUAUCUAGGACAAAGAGGAAAAAACUCUAGAAAAAAUAAGACCCCCAGCAACAAUGAAAAGAAUUACAUUUGAUAAAUGUUACAAAGAUGCAUUUAUGCAUUUGAAUACUCUGUAAUUUAUACGGUGUACUAUAUAAUGGGAUUUAAAAAAAGUGCUAUCUUUUCUAUUUCAAGUUAAUUGCAAAUGGUUUUGUAACUCUUUGCUUUUUAAAUCUUUAAAAAAUGUUGCUGAGUACUGUACAGGGUUGUACAAUAAGAACCCAAUGUCAUGGCAAAGGAAAGAAUGACUCAUUCUUCAAACAUUAACCACUUUGCUGUCGAAGCUGUCUGAGGGAUGUUAAGUUUCUAAGUGUCCUCAAUACAGGAAAAUAAGUGCGUAUUAAAACGGUCACUAGGAACAGACAAAAGCAAUUCAGAUAAAAUGGGUACAACCCUUCUGACUGCAACAGUAGUUGCUGUUGAGCUUCAAACAAUUGGAAAUACAUGUGUUGCCCUUUGUCAGUUCUGCAUUUCCUACCUCCAACUGAAAGCUGGAGUUCUGAGUGCUGCCAAAAAGACUACUUUCUUGUUUGAUUAGUUUUCUCCCAAUAUAUCUGGAAUAGGAAAGGUAGACAGAGUCAAACUCAAAGUGACCUUGACUCCUAUUUGCAAAAACUACUCUGAAAAUGUCCCCCAAUACUAUGUACUUUUAUCAUAGAAAAUCUUUCUGCUUUUCAUUGUGAUUUAAGAAGCUUUAGGCAUUCUCUGACCCUUCUCAGUGGGAGGUGAAGGUUAUCAGAAUGUAACAGAGAACUGUCAUUAAGUUGCACGUCUCUUUAAUAGAGCAGCAUUUGUUGACACAGCGUGUUCAGGUAAAGCCUGAGUGAGAAAAAUUCUGAGCUGCUCCCAGUUCUGCAGUAUUCAUUUACAAUUUGGAAUCUAAAAGUGUAUAUUGCUGAAAACAUGGUGCAAAAUAUAAUACCAAUGGAAAGGUUGCUAUUGAUUUUUAUGGUUCAAGCUAUGUUUGACUUAGGAGUCUGAGUUAUGUUCAGUAUGGAGAAAUAGAAGAAAAAAGACAGAAAGAGAAAACAAAUAAGAAAUGUAUUGUAAAAGUUUAUUUAGUACUGGAACUCCAGGCAUAUUAUAAAUUGAGUUACCCCUCUUCUAUCUUAAGUUUUCCAUAAUGAUCUGUGCUUUACAAGCACUAGGUGGGCUUAGAAUUUGCUUUUUUAUUCUCUCAAAUUCUUUAGCUGCAAUACCUUCUGAGUCUUUGAGCUUUACAUGCACUAUGCAAAAUGUCAUGUUUGUAUUAAAACCAGGAUGCAGCUCUCCAAAUUUUGCAAUGUUCCAGCCAUUCUACUGACUCAAUGACUGCCAGAAACUCUGGAUUUCUUGCCAGCUCAGUGGUGGAAUCUAAUUCUUUGGUCUUUUUCAGUUUGUUUGUUUUUUGAUGCGGCUCAUUUUCUCCUGAGCUUGGGACAAGCUAAAGUUCACAUCAAAAUGAAAAAAAAAAAAGUAAAAAGAUGGAGACAAAACUUCCCUGAGGGAGUAGGGAACCAAAGAGAAAACAUUUUACAGUGACCAACUAGGAACAAGGAGAAGUUGUAGCAAGUGGAUUGAAGCAAAGGGUGAAGCACUUUCACUGUGGAAUGCUUAGACUUUUCACUUUAUGAGGCUCCUUAUGUUGGGAGAGAGGGUUUUAAUCCUUUCCUUUGCUCAUUUCACUCAACCCAUUCUUGAAACUCAGCAGUCCAUGAGCAUGCAGUUUCUGAAGUUCAAAUCACAUGAUAACACUCAUUUUCUGCAAUGGUGAAAUGAACCUAGUUAUGAUUGAUGGCAUUUUAUAAGGAAUCACAUCCUCCCACCAACAACUUUUGUAAUCACAGUUUGAAAUUCCACUCUAUAUUCUAUAUAUUUGCUAUUUUCUCCAGAUAUAGCAGGUAUUUUAGACAAGCUGUGUGUCUAUUGUAAUAGUAAAGUCAUUUAAAUUGUGCUGAGUAAAAGGCUGCCAUAUGAUUUGAAAUGGUGUCAUUCUAAGUAGAAAUGUCUAUGCAAAGUGGGUUUUUUUCUGUGAUUUCUUUACUGAAGAUGAUGAUGAUAAGGUUGAUAUUUUUGCUUUUUUUGGUUAAUAUGGUUUAGGUGCCACAGCUCAAAAGACAAGCAGCAAAUAGUUGUGCUUCUGCACACUUCCACUGCAUUGGAGUUUGCUUGAAAUUAAGUAAAGCAUAGAUCCCAUUGGGUGUGGACAUAGUAUUUAAUUUCACUGAAAUAACUAGUUGUACAUUUGAUUUCAAAAGGCAUCCUUUGAAAGUACAUGCUUAUUAGUAUUUUGUACUUCAAUGACUGAUGCAGGAGAAAUCUUCUGUUCUAGACCUCAGGAUAUCAUAGUUUCAAGAUAAGCAAGGCACCUUAUUUUUAACAAUUGACUUAUUCAGGGAGUUUGACUGUACUGCGGGUGAAUGAUCCACAAGCCCAAACUAAUGACAGCAAAUGUUACUGACCUAAUAGAUCGAAAAAUCAAAAUUAUAUUAAAGAUAGCAUAGUUAAUGCUUCAUGUCAGUAUGAAUAAUAAUAUAUAUAUUGGUAUGGGAUACUGGCAAAAGUUUAUUUUCUAUAAAUACUUCUCUGAAAAAAACUUAGCAAACCACUUAUACAAAAAUUUGUGGAUAGAGCUGGGAGUAUUACCUAAAAAAAAAUCAGAUUUGUAGUCAACUGAAAGAUCACGUUUCAUUUGAAGAAUGUUUCUCCCAAUUCCAGUUGUUCUUUUGCUGCAAAACAGUUAAUGUAUUUCAACCUACAGCAGAGUUUGUGACUUCUUAAAGUGCCAGUCACACAAAUAUCUGAGACUUCAUUUCAGAUCGCAUCUGGAUAAGUACAUAAUGGGAAAAUUUCACUAGGUAAAGUAUUUAGAAAAAGAGUUUAAAAUGGACAAUGAUCUUUUGACAAUGUAAAGUUUAAGAUUAGUAGCUUUUUCCUUAGGCUUUGUAAAAAUGGGGUCAUCUUCACUUAGUGCAAAUAUCUGACCACCUAUAAUAACUAAAGGCUAUAGAGCAGAAGUCCCAAAUGUGUGUAUAUACAACUCAUCCAAAAUGUUCACUUCAAAGUCCUAAUUUGAACAGGUUCAUUGGACCUGGGGAAAAAUUAUUUUUUUACAAUCAAAAUCUCACUCAUCUUCCAUUGUAUACUGCUAGUAGCUGACAUAGAUGUGCAGAAAGAUUGGUUAGGGGAAAAAAAUAAGACUGUAAUUGAAAUUAUGCUAAAGAAGUAUCACAACACUGCUGUACCCCGUUCUUGGGUUCCUUCUGAAGACUCACUUAUUUGCAGACAGGUUCUUAUUUUCACAGAUUCUGUUGCUGGCAGAAACAAACACCUGAUUAAUGCAUGGACUUUGUGUUAACAAGUUCUUAUUGGAAACAUUAGUAAUGAAUUUAUUCAUAAAAAUAUUAAGGGAUGAAGUUACUUUGGACUGAAAAGAUAGCAGUUUUCCCUGUAAGCCAAUAAAGGGGCUGUUUUACCUGACAGUGAAUGCCACGUAAAACAGAGAAAAUUAAGUACCACAUGCUAUUUGCUACUAGAGUAGUUCAACUGCAUUUUUCUCUCAAUCAUUUUCUUUUUUCAUGAGAAAAAAUUUCUCCCUCUGGGAAAAUUAUUGAUUUCAGUUUUGCAAACAAAAGAACCUUAUGCAUAUUGUAUUGUUAUUAUGGUUUUAAGGGUCUACAUAAGGCACUUUAUUAAUGGUAUUAAAAUAAAAGUUCAGUCUCAGCUUCUGACAGUAAAGUGGUUAAUUCUCAUUGAAUUCUACAUUUAUAGUACUUCUUCACCUUAAAUUUAACAUGGAAAUAUUAAAUCUUUUUUCUUUAGAACUCGAGAAUAAUGGUUUUAUGCAUGACUUAACUUCACAGCUCAGUGGAAAAACAAAACACGAGUGCCAAACCCAAAAGUUACUGGCUCUGAGCCUCAUCAAAUCCUGCCUGAUGCUCUCUUCUAAACACAGAGGUAAUCCUAGGAAACUGAUGAUCACUCCUUCCCUGAACUCUACUGAACAGGGCACUUUGUAUCCCAGAUGAUACUACAGGCAAUAUUAAAACAUUUGACAUUAAAUUUUUGUACAGCAGUAGCUCUUUUAAAGGACGCUGGCUAGUAGUCCAUAUGGAAAACUAGCACAGAAGAGAUUUGGCAACCUUUUAUUAUACUGGGGCUCUGUGGAAAUGUGCCUCAUGAGAGCUGAAUUCUGAUCCUCUCAGAAACAAAUAAGCUACUAAACAAAUUGUUAUCAUCAGUUGAUCCCAAGUAUCUGAAGAUGAUGUUUCAUAAAAUUGAUUUUAACUGAGACAUGCACACUUGAUUCUGUUCUGUGUUUGGUAUACUUUCUGUCUUUAACAUGGAAAAAUAGAUGGUUUGAAGUCUGCAUUAUCUGUUUUCUGCAAUCUGCCAUGUUGCACGCAUUGUUAACUUCAAAACCUCACUAUACACUAUAUAUUAUCUUGUUGACAUAUUCAGUAAAGUUAUUUAAAAAAAUA